UGGUGGGGUCCGGGAGUAGAGCAGGUUAUGCGGAAUGUGGUCCAACAAUAGCAUGGCUGAUCGAACAACACGCGCAACGGAAUCCGCCAUUUCGCGGAGCAAAUAUUCGGCUGGCAAGUCGGGCUUCGAUACAAUCCUGAGCUUUUAGGAAAGAUGGAAUUCGUCUGAUCAGACGAUGCUUGCAAUGCUUCCAGACCCUGCAAUCAUUGCAAUUGUCAUGAAAUUGGGCAACACAUUCACACAGAACCAAUGCAGAUGUCCUAACAUAUGGCUUUACAUGCAUCUGUUACAACCUCCCGAUUUCUGUGCUUUACACCACGCAAUGGAGUACAGAGAGGUGGAUGACUACAGGCAUAGACCAAUAUUUAUCUAUGUGGUUAUAUAGAACACUAACUAUUACGGUGGUCUACCUACAUACAGACAUAGGCCAUCGAUAUACAGUGGUCUAUGCUACAUAGUUGGCUAGCUGGCAAUAUUGAUGCACUGAUCAGGAGCUGCCGAAACUGUAAAUAUUCUUUUUUCUUGCACAUGUUCUUUGCAUAUUGAUUUACCGUCCGUUACCGACUCCGCGUUUCCUGUAAAAUGACUUUCAUUUUCUGUCAGAACACAAAUUAAUAAAAUGUAAUAGUUACUAGGAAGCAUUGCGGGGUGAGCGGUUCCCUGUUGCCUAGCCGGCGUAUUGAAGCCUUGAACUGUGAAUGACAGUGUGUGGGCGCGGCGACAAUUAGCUGAACGCACAGCCCGGGUAUAAAAGUCGCCGCCAUCACAGCCAUGACAUCGUAACUCGCAGCCUCCGGCGUCAUCAUGGCCGCGCCCCUGCGCCUCUCCUGUGUGCUGCUGGCCGCGCUGGCCGCGCUCCAGCCGAGCUCUGCCCAAAACUUCUGCAACAUCUCCUCGUGCCGGUCGCCGAGCCAGCACACCAUGUGCCGGUUCACCUCGUCCAGAGUCUCCCGGGCGUGCGGCGCCGUGCGCGUCAGCUCUGUGAGCGCUGCCGACAGGGCCGAGAUCCUGCGGGUCCACAACGACCUGCGCCGCGCCGUCCAGAGGGGUGCCCACAGGAACAGAGGUCUGCCGGCGGCACGGUACAUGCCCAACCUGCGCUGGAGCUCGUCACUGGCCAGGAUCGCACAGCGCUGGGCCAACCAGUGCCAGACUGGACACGACCAGUGCCGAAACCUGCCUGGAAAAUACGUCGGACAAAACUUCGCCUGGUCCGGCAAUCAGGCUAAAGACUGGAGGAACAGGAUUGCCAACGCUUGGUUCUCGAGUGAGCUCCCCUACGUCCGGUCUACCCUGAGUAAUCUCAAAUAUCGCGGGGGCAAAGCCGGUCAUCUCACUCAGAUAAUUUGGGCGAAGACAACAGAAAUUGGCUGCGGAUAUGUUGAGACUAAACGCCCAAGAGGCCGGUAUGUAGAGAGGUUCUAUUUCUGCAACUACGGUCCCGGAGGAAACUAUUACGGUCAGAGAGUGUAUGAUCCCAAGUAAACAGU